CACUUGCCCAUCUUGGGAAUCCCAACAAGUCAUCCCCUCUUUUCUGACUUCAUUCUCCUUUUUUAGUCCCAGGACCAAAUUACCAUUACAGGGUAUGAAAAGAAUACAGAAGCUGCCCGGGAUGCUAUAUUAAGAAUUGUGGGUGAACUUGAACAGAUGGUUUCCGAGGACGUCCCCCUGGACCACCGUGUUCAUGCCCGUAUCAUUGGUGCCCGUGGCAAAGCCAUCCGCAAAAUCAUGGAUGAAUUUAAGGUGGACAUUCGCUUUCCACAGAGUGGAGCCCCAGACCCUAACUGCGUCACUGUGACGGGGCUCCCGGAGAAUGUGGAGGAAGCCAUUGACCACAUCCUCAACCUGGAAGAGGAAUACGUGAGUCCCUGGUGGGCGGGGCCCUCAGGGAGGCCUCUGGCUCUGACUGGCACAUCCAGGGGCUGGCCAG